AUGGGCAUCUCGGACAAGGGCACUCUACACUGGAACUGCAUCUGUACCAAGGCGGCUGAGAAUGAGUGGGAAAAUGCUCUCAGCCGGUUGGGCGGUCAAGUGGUCUUCUGCGUCCAACCAUCACACAAUUCACUGCGAGUCGCAGGGGACUCGCUUGACUUGUUUAGCGUUGAAGAAUAUGUGGAUGUCCAUCGCCAACUCUCAUGGGUGCGUUUGCCCAGCCCGCCUGCCAAGGCCGUUGAUGUGGGGUUCUUGCUCUGCCACUCGCACAGUGGCGAUACUUAA